ACGAGAAGCCCAAGUUCUACCCUUUUAGUACUUUUUAAGAGGGUGGGUGACACCGUGAGAGGGGAAUCAAGGGAGCUGUGGUUUUAGUUAUCAAGCAAGCAGAGAAGAAGGAGAUGGAUGUGCGAGCAAGGAAAAGCAGGGAGACAAGCCCAAGUAGUGUUCGAAAAUAUGUGCAGCCUAAGUUAAAGGCUUUUAAGAAAGUUCAGAUCUUGUAUUAUCUCUCCAGAAAUGGCCAACUCGAACAUCCCCAUUUCAUGGAGGUUUCUCAUUUGGCUAACCAACAGCUUCGUUUAAAGGAUGUAAUGGACCGGCUUACGGCUCUCAGAGGCAAAGGCUUGCCUUCCCUCUUCUCUUGGUCCUGCAAAAGGAACUAUAAGAAUGGGUAUGUCUGGAAUGAUUUAGCAGAGAACGAUCUUAUAUAUCCUUCUGAAGGGGGAGACGAGUAUGUUCUCAAAGGGUCUGAGCUCAUUGAAGGCUGUGCUGAGAGAUUUCAACAGCUUCAAGUAAGCAACAAACAACGAAACCCAGAACCCAAUUUCCAUCCUAAACGAAAGCCAGUCGUUAUGCCUCAUCACAGAGAAAAAGAACAAGAUUUAGUACUGGAUUACACGAGAGAAGAUGAAGUAGACGACGAAGAAGAAGACGAUGAACCUUACUCUCGAUGCUCAAGAGGGGUUUCCACUGAUGAAAUCAUUGAAGAACACAAGACGCAACCCAAGACUCAUAACAUUGACAACAACCCCACAGAGCUCUCGUUAGACGAUGCUUCCCCUCCCUCAACUUCUUCAACCCUUUCAGAGAAAGCCCAUGACAGCAAUAACAACAACAACAACGACAAUGGCGAUCCUGAAAGGCUUCGAGAAGAUUAUUCUCCUGCCACUGAACCAACAGUGGGAGGUAGGAACAAAGUUUUGCUUCAACUCAUCGCCUGUGGCAGCUCUGUUGCCACCAAAGGAUUAAAGAACACUCCUUGUUUGAAGCAUCAGUCGAGCACUAAUGUGAGGAAGAGUAGUAAUCUUCACAAAGGGGUCCUCUGUAAAUCUGCGACAAAGAUCAUGGAAGAGGAAGAAACGGAGAUCAAAUUCAUGUCGGAGAACCCAAGAUUCGGAAACCCACAAUCUGAAGAGAAGCAGUACUUCAGUGGUAGCAUUGUUGAAUCUAUGACAGAAGAUCGAGUUCUUCCCGUGGAGUCUGCGCUGAAGAAGUCAUCCUCGUAUAACCAAGAAAGGAGUUUGAAGGCUGGAUUGGGAGAAGCAAAAAUGGAAAUGGAGAAGGAAGAGACGAUGGAGAAAGGACUGAAAGGGAAAUGCAUUCCUCGGAAGAAAUCAUCUUCAAAGCCUACCAAGAAAUGAAUGAAGUGAACUAAGUGGUUGGUUGUUGGGUCUCUAAUUAAUGGAUUAGUUUGACUUAGGGAUGGGUGUAGACUGUAGAC